AUGGCAUCUUCCUCUAAAUCAAAAGCAGAAUCCCCUCAGAAUAAAGCUUCUUCCUCUAAAUCGAAGGCGGUCGAAGAGGGAACAAGUGGGAAGGCCAAAGAGGAGACAGAGGAGAAAAAAGAAGGUUUGUCGAAUGAUCAGACGGGUGGUGAUGGUGGUGAUGGUGAUGAUGGUUGGCACACCAGUUGGGCUAUGAUCGGACCGGUUGAUUGCUCGGGGAGGACUGAUAAGGAGAAUGAUGAUGUGGAUGAAGAAUUGGACCGGUUGAUCGCUCGGGUUUCCAAAGGUAUUGGUAUGAGUGAAGGGCAA